AUGAUAAUGAUUCCUCCGCAAAACCCGAGAAUCAAAACAAAAUUGUCUUUGGAUACAAACUAUUCUAAUUUGGGCUCUCCUGCUUCACCUUCUUCACCUUGUUAUAGUCCGAUAGCAUCACCUACACUUUCGGGUUCUUGGAAUAUGAACGCGAAUAAAUCUCAUGCUGAACUUACUGCUUCAUUAAAAGAAGCUUAUAAUUUAGUAAAGGAGAAAGAAAGAGAUCUUACUCUUGCCGCUGAAAUUGGUAAAAGUCUUCUUGAGAAUAAUAUUGCUCUUAAAGCAAAAUAUGAGGAAAUUGUUCUCGAAUUACAACAACUUCAACGUCAACAUCAAAAAAAGACUACUUUCAUUGCUUUACAUGCUGAAAAACCUAAUGUUACUUCAAUAGCUCCUCCAAAUACUUAUGAUGACUUUGAACGUGAUGAUAGUGAUUCUGAAUCACAUAUAAGUUAUAAUAGUGGUACUUCAUUUGAACAUACUAAAGUACAAUCUGAAUUAAGAAAUCGUAAUAAGAAGAAUGAUCAAACAAUUAGUUAUAAAGAUCUUGAAAAUAUUAGAGAAUUAGAAGGCAGGAAUCAAGUACUUCAAUCUCAACUUGAUGAACUUACAAAAGAAUAUAUUGAUAGUGAUAAAGCUAAUAAAACAAAAAUACGUAAAUUAGAAGCUGACCUUUUACAUUAUCAAGAAGUUUAUUCAUCUGCUACUCAUCAAAUUGAAGUCCUUGAACAAGAAAAUGAACGUUUAUUACAAAAACAAAAAUCCGAUUUUUGGAAUCUUAAAUAUAAUAAAAAAACUGCUUCAAAUGAUGAAGAUCUUAUUGAAAGUUUAAUGAAUAAAGUUAGUGAAUUAGAAUCUCAAAAUAAUACUGUUGAACGUGCUAAAACUGAAAUAGAAAAACGACUUCAAAGAGUUGUUCAAGAUUUGGAAUCUCUUCAAGAACAAUAUGAUGAAUUAUCUGAAAGAUCAAGAGAUUUUGAAUUGUUGAAGGUCGCUAAUCAUGAACAAGAACUUCUUAUCAAUGAGCUCAAUGAGUCUCUGGAAGAACAACGUGCAAUGAUCGUUGGUAUGAGGUCUAAUGCUUAUUCAAGAAAUCCUUCUAGAUCAAAUUCAUUCUCUUAUUCUGAUAAUGGAAUGAUGAGUAAUGCUUUAAGGCGGAUAAGUAACCCUCCAGCAAAUCAAAAUUCUCAACAAGGUCUCGGUGGAAAGAUUAAAACUACUUUACUAUCUGAAUUAGAAAAUGUGUGGUAA